AUCCCGCGACCGUUAAAUUAAGUUCUGCGGUGGGGAGCAUCCGAGGGAGGUGAACCGGCUUAGGUAUAUAAGCGCUCCGACUGCCUAAUUCGGCAGUUACUUUGGCUUCUGAGGGCUUCCUGUAACGAGUGACACUAAUGUUUGUUCCUAAGCACACAGCAAAGCUGUAAAUUUUCCGUUCAUGGCUGUGAGAAACGCUGUAUUUUGACGGCAAAGAACAAGCGUCAAACAAAAUAGCCUUUGAUAGCUAUAUUUUUUCUCGAGUAAGAUUAUUUAAAUUUUUAGUUUAAACUAACGAAUUCUUUCUAAAAUUGCGCAUUUGUUGCUUGAUUAUCACCUUCGAGACAUCUAACAUAGAGAUUUAAGAAAACAUAAGCGACAAGUGCUAUUACAGCAAAAGUAAUUGGUCACUUGAGAUCUGUGCAGUUCACAGAAAAGUUGUACAACUCGAGUUACUGAAGAUGAAAAUCGGCAACCCUCUUGACGUUAUACUGGCUCUGCUGGUAACCUUCACCCUGCCGAGCUGCAAAGCAAUUUUCGAACAUAUUCAGGUUGGAAUCCACAUGGGGACGAAACGCACUAAACUUCCAUACUGCAUGGCGCCAGAAUUACAACUGACCUACAAUUUGUUCGUGGAUUACUUUGACACUAACGGGCCUUGCCUCAAACCUGACGGGACGCAGGUGCACACUUUCUGGAACAACCACCAGCCACAUGACUCGGACAAUUUCGCCACUUUUAGUGCCAUCUGCAUCAAACUGCCGAAAAUUUGUCAUCUACUGAGACGCCAACGAAGCGAGCGUAGUUUCACGGAUGUGGGGCAGCAAGUGGUCGACUCCAUGAAGAAUAACAUGCACUACCUUUAUAGUCUGUUGACUGGUAAGGAUUCAUCAAUGCCUCAUGAUCAGGUGUUGACGUCUCGUUUCGGAACAGUUGAGCCGGCCGAUAAAGCAAACUACAUCGAUUGCAAACAUAAAAGCUGCGUUCAACAUGGUAUAGGUCUCUGUGAGACUAUAGAAGACGUUGCUUUCCCAGUGGUUGGUAGGUCCGCCAUUACGAACGCAUCUGUAACCAUCUUACAAGAUUAUCCAGAAAGAGUUCAACCCAUUUUCUUCAGAAAAUGCAAGGUCUACAAAUCCCAAGUCGUGUACGGUCACUGCCUUCAAGAAUACCUUCCCGUCAGCGUCUACGUUUCUUCCUACGACACCGAAGUCCUAUCCCAAGAUUUUGUCAUGGUUGAGUCUGGUUGCCGCGUCAUAGCAGACAUUACUUUGCCCGAAUAUAAUCCCAAAGUCAAAGGUUUUCUCGGCUCUCCUGUGCCCACGUAUGUCGGGACCGGGUGGGAGAGACACGCCAAUGAGACGUGGCUUUCUUCUAACCAUUCGCAAGUGGGUCUAGAACCAGCGUUGUCUGCAGAAGAACUUCCCGCUCGAAAUCAAACUGGUCCCUUACCAGGGCUUGGUAUGAGAAGAAUAAGUGACAGGCGACUAUUUUAAGAAAAUUUAAAGCCAUUCAAGUUUUCAUAGAUAGAAAGAGAUAGAGACAAAAAUAUAAAAAUAAAAGUACGAUGAAAAAAUCAAAUAAACUGUUGAAAAUCUACGAAGGAAAACUUAUAUCUGGACGAAUUGACUAUUAUUUAUUUCUAAAGUUAGUGUAUUUUAAGGUACUACACGUUUUUUUAAGGGAAAUUAUUAGUUAAUUUCAUAACAAGAAUGAUUUCAGGCUUUAGUCCUGUUGUGACUUUUUUUUUUUUUACCUGUUCUGUUUUGUGAUAUAUCCAUUAAAUGCCUGAAAGGAC